UUGUUAGCAAUAGCUAAAUGCAUCCUAAUCAAUGUUAAAACGGAUUAAUAAUCACAGAUGAAAUGUGGGAACAGCACAUAGCUACUUAUUAUAUUAUAAUUGUUUUUAUGAAUGCAAUAUUGUUUUAGAUUUACACAUUCCAGCCAGCUGUAACUAGCUACAGGAUAUACGUUAGCUAGCCGCAGUCUGCAGAAGAAAGAAGUCAUUCAAAGCACGCUGAUCGGGGUUAAAAAUGGUUAAUUUCGUUACCUUUCAGGCGCAACUGGCCUCCAUUAUGGAGGUUCUAGCUAAAGCAGCAGUGGUAGAAAUCACCAAACUUGUGGAAGACAGUUCCGCCGAGAUACGCCUGGAAAUGUCUCGGAACCAGUACGAGAAUGUAGCACUAAGGAGAAAAUUAAGUAGGAUGGAGAGCGAGCUGGUUCUUGCUCGAGGAUGUCGAGAGACACAAGGCGCUGAAAAGAGUUCCAUAAAAGGUUCUGUAUUGCACGGUCCGAUUCAGAUAUGUGAUGGAGUCGAUAAAGAUGGCCGUCAUUCUUUGGAAGAAAGUGUUUUUGGAGACGAAUGGGGAGGCAGACAGUGGAAGGAUGGAGAUGUCAGAGUUGUGGAAGACGACAUAUUCCUGCAGUCCAUAACUCUAACGGAAGAGUUCCAGCCUAUGAACAUGGAGAAGGACAUACCAUCAUCACAUAUAAUCAAGGAGAAUGGACCUAAAAGAGGCCUGACAAGUAUAUCCAAGGAAGGACCGGUGAUCAGUGAAGAGAGGCCGUCAGAUUUCUGCUCUACAGAAAUGAGACCUCCCACUGAACGGCAGCACCACGAGGCUCGCCCAGAGACUCCACAAACUGAGCCCAUUCCCACAGAGCACCUGGAGGAGCUCCCUGGGCUGCAGAGGUACAGAAGCAGCGAUGAAGAGGAUCUGGAGAUGAAGGGUGUUCGAGGAAGAGAGCCUCCCACAAAGGUGUUUGUAGAAGCAAGAUCUGAGCGUGGUGUCAAGCCACAGAGCAGCCCGGGUGGUGAGCUUGUGUUUGAGAGCGGUGGUCUCCCAAGGGCUCCAGCUACGCAAGGCUACAGCGACCUGGAGGCAGAGGACCAGCGCUGCGCUAAUGUUAGCGGUGAUCCGCAGCGACUGUCAGGCCAAGCUGAAUUGCAUCCUAAUCAGGCAGUGGAAGGUUCCAGAAACAGCACGCCUUCUUUGGGAUCCCUGGAUGUGAAGAUACACAUUGGGACUCCAGGUUUAGCAUGUGUCAAAGAGGAGGCUGAGAUUCAGACUAUAUGCAUUGAAGAGACUGCAUCAGAGAGGGAUCAGCGACAGGACAGAAAGACACUGAACUGUGUGAAAAGCGAAGACCGGGCAUUUCAGGCCAGGCCACAGAGACUCGAGGCAUCAGAAGAAGGAAUGAGAGAGAGUCAGAGCACGGCAGAGUCUGGCUCAGACACCGAGGACCCCCAAAUUUUCCACAUGAAUGACAGCUUAGAGCCCUAUCAGAUAACUGACCCUGCCGAUUUAACCAACACCCAUUCUGGCCUGAGUUUCACCCAGCGAAAUAGCAUACAUGAUCAAAUACACCCAGGAAAGAAAGCAUUCAGGUGCACACAGUGUGGUAGGAGUUUCAGCCAUCGUAAUAAUCUGUACCGUCACCGGCGAAUUCACACAGGCGAGAAGCCCUUUGCCUGCGUACACUGUGGGAAGAGUUUCACUCACCAGAGUAAUUUGUAUGAGCACGAGCGGAUUCACACAGGGGAGAGACCCUUUAGCUGUGUUGUGUGCGGGAAGAGUUUCACUCAGCAAAGUAAUCUUAAGAGACACCAGCGGAUACACACGGGAGAAAGGCCAUACAGCUGCAUGCAUUGUGGAAAGACUUUUACUCGCCUGAUGCACCUGAAAAUGCACCAGCAAGUUCAUUUUGGAGGGAAACCGCACAGUUCUUUUGAGUACUGUUGAUUGUCUUGGGCACUAUUUUGGCUAAAUAGUUGGAUUGGGAGGAUGAAUGCAAAUUUUAUAUCUUUCUGGAGCUAUUUAAAUGUGCUAUUAUUCUAACAACUCUAAAGAAUGUUUGACAUUGGACACCAACAAAUAGUAUUGUAUUUUCAAAUAUGAACAUUCAAUGUAAUGUUUUGUAAUUGUAAUUUAUUGAUUGAAAAGUGCAGCUUUUAUGGAUACAGUUUUGACAGUAUAAGAAUUGUGAACAUAAUAGAGAAACUACUUUUAACAAUUCUGACAUUUCAUGUGCAAAACAAUUAUUUUAUAAAUAUUUUUGGAGAAGGAUUUAACUUUCUUUUUACAAAAUUACAGGAUUUUCCAUGAAAUAAAAUGCAAUUUCUGAUUUCUCAAA